AUGGACAUUGUUUCUAGAGACCUUGAGAAAGCGGGGAUCAGUGCCGGUCAAGGCCACCUUCCGGCUCCCUUCGAACAAGAACCCCCGCGAGAACCUCGAUCCUCAAUUUCCUCGUCGAGAAGCGCCUCGUCCAUUGUUUCCAGCGUUGGAGGCACAGAUGUCUUCCGUGCACCCACAUCCCGAGAUCUGGAGCGGCACCCAACCGCUCUAAGUCGCAUCGCUACACAACGAAGCCAACAUAGUGCAACAGUUGGAGCGGGAGUACGAUCGCGAGUGUCAAAGGGACCAUUGCCAGCAUUUGGGGCAGGGAAGCCGUACCCCCCACCAUUACCAGAAAAGGAAGAAUAUGUUGUUGAGUUUGAUGGGCCAGAGGAUCCUUUACAUCCUCAGAAUUGGAGCAUGAAAAGAAAGGUAAUAACUGCAGUGAUACUGGGGUGGACAACAAUCAUCUCGUCUUUCACCAGCAGCAUCUUUUCCACUGCAACUACUGAAGUAGCGAAGAUUUUUGGGGUUUCUUUUGAGGUUGGAAUCCUGGGACUAUCACUCUUUGUCUUGGGUUAUGCCACUGGACCAAUUAUCUGGGCACCGUUAUCUGAGCUCAAAGGGCGGCGUUUGCCAGUAGUCCUAAGUACAUUUGGUUUCAUGGUGUUCCAAUUUGGCCUGGCAACUGCUAAGGAUCUUCAAACUAUUAUGAUCUGCCGUUUUUUUGGAGGUUUUUUUGGAGCCUGCCCCAUAGCAGUGGUUGCUGCAAUAUUUUCUGAUAUGUUUGACAACCGUCUCAGAGGUCUUGCUAUCACGCCCUUUUGCAUGACCGUAUUCACGGGCCCACUUUUGGCUCCUUUCAUCGGUGGUUUCAUUGUCGAGAGCCAUCUUGGCUGGCGAUGGACGGCCUAUCUCCCUGGAAUCCUCGGUGCCAGUGCCUUGAUCCUUGAUUAUUUUUUUCUGGCCGAGACCUAUCCACCCGUGGUCCUCAUUCAAAAAGCGGCUGAGCUACGUCGUCGUACAAAGAACUGGGGAAUCCAUGCUAAACAGGAGGAGAUUGAAGUAGAUUUUACGGAACUUGUUGAAAAGAAUUUCAGCCGACCCAUCAAAAUUCUGUUUACGGAGCCCAUUGUCCUCCUUAUUAGUAUCUAUACCGCUUUCAUCUAUGGACUACUGUAUCUCUUUCUAACCGCAUACCCCGUCGUAUUUCAAAAAAUUCACGGUUUUGGCAAGGGAGUUGGUGGCCUGCCAUACUUUGGUAUGAUUGUCGGCCAAUUUAUUGGUGGAAUGACUAUCAUCCUUUCUCAGCCUUGGUAUGCUCGAAAACUUGCCGCAAAUAACAAUGUUACUAUACCCGAAUGGCGUCUUGUUCAUGUCAUUGCUGGAGGUAUUGCUUUUGCAAUUGGCCUUUUCUGGUUUGGUUGGUCUGGCUAUAAAGAGAGCAUCCAUUGGAUUGUGCCAACGUUAUCUGGUAUACUAACAGGAUUUGGCCUUCUUGUUAUUUUCCUACAAGCUCUGAACUAUAUCAUUGACGCCUAUUUGCUCUUUGCUGCAUCUGCCAUCGCUGCUAAUGCUCUUCUACGAUCUGUUGCAGCCGCUGGAUUUCCUCUCUUCUCGCAGUACUUAUUUAAUGGAUUGGGAGUUAACUGGGCAGGCACUCUACUGGGCUGCAUUGCCACAGUUUUGAUCCCAAUACCCUUUUUUUUCUAUACUCAUGGGUACCGACUACGCGCAAAAAGCAAAUUUGCACCGCACUUUGUUCCAGAUGUGACACCAGAGUCUGAAGAUCAGGAGUGA